AUGUGUUUGGUAUUAAAAGAUGGAAAAGGAAAUAAAGUCGUAAGAUACAAUGCCACCAGACUAGCUAUACUGGAGCAUUUUCAAAAUCGAAAAUGUUUUGUCUUUGACAGGCCGGCAGAACGUAAGAAACUGAGACGGCUAGAAGAACUAAAGCAGUCAGAACUAAGCGAGGAUUUUGUUACUGACACAUCCUGUUUUUUAGAAUAUAUUUACAAGUGUGAACCAAAGAAGCUAAUUGAUGGCAGUAUUUUAAAUGGAAGAAUGUUUUCCUGCUUGGCGAAACAAUACAUCGAGGCUAUAUGUUCCGGAGACUUGCCAUGUAUCGAUGAUGCGUUGACUAAAAUGUGUCGAGAAGAGAACACCUUUGUUGUAGUGCAGACAGUCGACUGGUUUAAGGAACAGAUUAAAUCUAUAGGGAUGCCACUUCCAAGCGAUUUUGCUUUAAAAUACAAACGGAUCCAAAAAGAGGCCCUCAAGAUGUUUAAGAAAAUGGCAGUUCUUGAUGAUGAGCAUGAGUUUCAGAAAACAGCAGAGAGAGAGAUGGAUGCUUUCAAAACCACAAUCGAUGAAGACAACAAUGACUAUAUUAAAGACGUUUGCACGAAAGAAUUGCAGAAAAUUUAUGAUAUAAGGAUCAAACCGAAAGUUACAAAAGGUGGAUACUUUGUGCCAGAUGGUUAUAAAAUGUACAGAGGGGACUUUGCAGGGCUGAGGGAUCAAGUGAAACUAACUCUGUCAGGAGCCGAUCCGAAUUUAGUUCAGAAAUACAUCCUUGAAUUUGAAGAACGAUAUCAAAAGCAAGACGGAGAGAUAUUCCAAAAGGCAGGGUUUUAUGACACACAAAUAAAACUGGAAAUGCAAGAACAACAUGCGAAACUUGAACAAGAAAAGUCGGAACUUGACAGUCAAGUUGAAUUAAGGAGAAAAGAAGAAACAAAAGAGAUAAACCUAUACAAGGCGGAAUUAUCAGCGCAAAUGGAACAAGACAAACGGAGAGCGAGUGAAAAUUAUGGAAAAAUUGUGAGUGAAUGGAAGAAGAGGGAACGAUGUCUUGAAAAUCAAUUAAAGGAGCACGCUGAUAUGAUAGCCAAGAUUCGUGCGCACGAAAGCACAGAAGGAAAACGAACCCAUAAGCCAACCGUAGGUCAAACAGUGAUGAAAACCAUGUUAAAUGCGAGUGAAAAUUAUGGAACAAUUGUGAGUGAAUGGAAGAAAAGGGAACGAUGUCUUGAAGAUCAAUUAAAGGAGCACGAUGAUAUGAUAGCCAAGAUUCGUGAGUAUGAAAGCACAGAAGGAAAACGAACCCAUAAGCCAACCGUAGGUCAAACAGUGAUGAAAACCAUGUUAAAUUUACUUCCCGUGGUUGGUCCUAUAGCGACUGGGAUAUACGAACGCAUUUCGUCUAAAUGAAGUACUUCUAUUUUGUUUAUAUGCACUGAAAUAUAUAUAUAAUGAGUUUUACAAGAUCUUGAUUAAAUGACAUACAUACAUUAAAGAGACAUUUGUUCCAAAAUGGAGAAAUAAUAAUUCUGCAAAAAAAUCACUGAACGAUUGCAAUAUAUCUGAAACAUUAUACUGAAAAACAAUACCGUAUCAAUAUUUACUUCCAUGACAGUUAGACUGAGCGUUUGAAAUGAACAACGAAUUAUCAGGAAUUAUUGUACGGAGAAAGGUUGGUUUAUGUUUUAUGUUAUAGGAUGUAAUGACUACUACUAUAUGUUACUUUUUAAUGAAGUGAACAUUUCCAACUAAUAUCUUGUUGUUUUUUUAGUGCAGGGGUGUUGUUAUGGAUCGUGCUUUUUCUAUUGUAACAUUUGAUAAAAACAAAUAGAUUUUCAGAAAUAUGUGCGCUGGAAUGUCAUUUGUUGAAUCAAAUAUAUCAGACAGGAAGCUAUAUGUAUAUCAAAACUAUAAACUUGUUAAAGUAAUGAAAACAUAAUAAACGUUAUAGAGGAAAUUGAACAUUUUUUGGGCUUCGAUUAAAUUCAGUAUAUUAUUAUAAAAAUAUGAUAAAUACUUUUAGAUUGUAUCUCUGUUGAAGAAAAUCAAUUUUCAACACUUCAUGCGAAGAAAAAUGGCUGAGGUGUAUUUGUUUCAAAUGUCUACAGGUCCGGUAUAGUUUAGAGAUAUUUUUCAAAAUUAUUAAUGUACAUUUUUUAUCAGACAUUUAUAUACAUUUGUUGUUAAUAACGUAUCAAAAUGAUCAAAUAAUCUCUUUCAUAUAACGACCUCCAAUCAAAUAUAUCAGACAGGAAGCUAUAUGUAUAUCAAAACUAUAGACUUGUUAAAGUAAUGAAAACAUAUUAAACGUUAUAGAGGAAAUUGAACAUUUUUUUGGGCUUCGAUUAAAUUCAGUAUAUUAUUAUAAAAAUAUGAUAAAUAUUUUUAGAUUGUAUUUCUGUUGAAGAAAAUCAAUUUUCAACACUUCAUGUGAAGAAAAAUGGCUGAGGUGUAUUUGUUUCAAAUGUCUACAGGUCCGGUAUAGUUUAGAGAUAUUUUUCAAAAUUAUUAAUGUACAUUUUUUAUCAGACAUUUAUAUACAUUUGUUGUUAAUAACGUAUCAAAAUGAUCAAAUAAUCUCUUUCAUAUAACGACCUCCAAUGAUUUUUAAAAAGUCACAAAGUACACACAAAACUGUGCUUUUACAAAACGAGCGAAUAUCAUUUAUAAGGAUAACGAGAUUAGGCUAUUGACUUUGACAGAUCUAUAAUCAAAAAUAAAACCCAAUGUAGAUUUAUUCCAUAGAUAUGACAAAAUAACGAGUCUCUUGUUUUUAUUUAAAUUUUCUUGCCGUAUCACGAAAUUAGCUUAUUAAUAAAUUGUACUCAUUUAUGAUUAUUUUUGUGACUUUUUUAAAAUUCGAUUUACGCCUUAGAAUACAUAGCGUCUUUCGAUUUUGUGUUUUUCAACAUUUCGUUGUAAAUCUGUGAGAAUAUUCAAAAAUGUAUUGUUAUGAAGAUGAAAGACAUGAUAAAGAUAUAGAGUUAGAUGUUUGAUUAAGUGAACUUCAAUCAGCAAAACAAACUGAUGUCUGUGAGCUAUGGAUGUUAAAACACUGAAGAUGUACAAAUGCAUGUUAAAGACAGUUUUAAAUUUCAUUUGAGCGUUAUCUAUAUUAUGACAGUAAAGGCGUGUAAAGGCAAGAAUAUAUGCAAAUCAACUUCAAUUUUGUAUGUAGUUGUGUUCAGGUUUGUGAACCUCUAGAGUUUCUACUAGAUAAUAUAUUUAUCAAAUUUGGCAAUACAACUUACAGGCAAGUAAUUGGUAUUCCGAUGGGAACCAACUGCGCCCCCCCCCCCCCCCCCCUCACCGGUGAUUUAUUCUUAUACCGUUAUGAACGAGAUUUCAUUCUUAGUUUAUCUACUGAGACACAAUUUGAAAUUAUUGAAGCUUUUAAUGAAACCUCAAGGUAUCUUGAUGAUAUUUUAAAUAUGGACAACCAACAUUUUUCAGAAAUGGUGAAAUAUAUUUACUCUAAAGAGUUACAGCUUACCAAACAAGGCUAAUACUUCAGAUUUAGAAGCGUCAUUUCUGGAUUUAAAUUUAAGAAUUGUGAAUGAUAAUAUAGAAACGAAAAUAUAUGAUAAAAGGGACGAUUUUAAUUUUGAAAUUGUGAACUUUCCCCAUGUCCCUCGAGCAACAUCAUACGGUGUCUAUAUUUCACAGCUUAUUCGUUUUGCAAGAGCUUGCUCAAAGAUAGAUGAUGCGAUGAUUAAUAAAGUGUAAGACUCCAUGAUGCUUUUCUCCUAAAUCCUACAUACAACGGACGCAGGGAGUUGAUUUUUGUCUUACAGUUUUCUUAGUCGUGCCUUUAAAAGUUAGGCAAUCGUUGCUCUGACUUCAGACAAGUUGUUGAGUACAUUGGUGUAAAUAUACCUUAAAUUUACCUUAAUUUUAUUUAUCUGUUAUUUUUGCACUAAUGUUAGAGAAUUUCUCAGCGGGGAUUUUAUUUAUAUUGUGUUGUUUAACUUCUUGAAAGUAGGGUAAGUGCGAGGUUGGCAUACUCUAAACGCGUUUAAACCCUCAGUUUCCUUUAUAUAAGUUACUGACCGUUCCAAGGCGAUGCCCCUAUUUUCAACUGGUUGUUUUGUCUGUCUUGUAUUGUCUGUUGCGUAUAUUUUCUUGUUUGUUGUAAGCCUUUUUCCUCCGCCUCACUCCCCUUUUUGCCCGCUCCUUUCCCUUACAUUUACGCUACUUUUUGCAUCCCCCCUUCCUUUACUUUUAGUAAGUUUUCGAGGUUACCCUUUGUUUUGGCAGCCGAAUCCUAACGUUAUUUGAUUGUUUUUUUCCUACUUGUGUGGGUGCGUUUGUAUGCUUGUGAGUCUAUAACGGUGCCCUGUUUUCAGUUGUGUUGCUUGUUCGUUUUUCUAUGUUAUUCAGUUGAUCGUAGUUGUAUGUUUAUCUUUGGUACAUGAGUGUCUGCGCUAUUGUGGUUUACGUUGUACUGCGAUUGUUUCUAAAGAACAUGGCAUUCCCAUGCAUAUUCGUCCUUGUUCAACUUUCCCCUUUGGGUUCCUCCCCCCACCUUCUCCACCCCCUGACCCCAUUUCGCCCUUUACUAUUUCCUUCCCCUCCAUCAAUAUUUAGCAUGAAUUUAUAUGUACUUGUUGGAUGUUUGAAGCAACCCGUCUAAAAUAUUUUUCCAUUACAGUUUCUUUUUGUUGUUGGCAAAUGCGUGGCUCUGGGGCUGUGUUUUUGGUGCUCUGUGCUUCCGAGAAAUCUACCCUUACCUAUUAUCUAUUGAUACCAUAGGGAUUCAGGAAAAACAUAAUGUUAAUGUGUUUCUAGUGAAUGAAAUGAUAUAAAAUCAUAUUUCUAGUUCAUAGGCUGAAUGUACAAACAUUUACUAAACUUCUUAUUCGUUAAUACGUGUGCAGAAUUAAUACAAAUGCAUCAACUAUCUUUUGUAACUCUUUGUUUUAGAAAAGUGUAUACAUGUAUUUUCAUGGUACUCUUUUAUAUGAACUUGUGUAUAAUGUUUUACUAUGAAAUAUUCAUUCUCAAUUCUUCUUGUUAUCACGUAAAACAUCCCGUUUAUUAUGUUCAUAUAUAUAUUUAACUGUAUUUAAAUAAGAUACUGUAAAGUUUAUAUAAAAGAAGAUAUUCUUUCUGUGCAUAUACAAACAUAACUGUAUAAUAAUUCGAUAUGCCGUUGUAAAUACAACGAGACAGGAACCCACGUCCACAGGGUUGACAUAACGACAGCUAUAUAUCAAUAACAUAAACUUCUUUUAAUGUAAAGUAUAUACAAGUCCAAGUUGCAAUUUACAAUGUACAUAUAAACAUUUUUAAUCAAUAUGUGAAUAAUAAUUAUAACAGUCUAUGUUAGAGAUGUAUGUAUCAUCAUUUCUUCCCUUUGUAUAUCAGUUGUA